UCUUUUAUCUCCUCUCUCUCUUUUUGUGACGAUGCCGGCCUCCUCCUCCGCCUCCUCCUCCUCGCCGAGGGAUCCUCCAUUCUCCACCGUCCGAUAGCAAUCGGACCCACCGAUCGGACAGCCGACGAUGGCCGCCGGCGCGGGGUGGGCCUCCAUGUUCCCCGAUGAGGUCUGGGAGCACGUCUUCUCCUUCCUCGCCGCCGACGGCGACCGCAACGCCGUCUCCAUCGUCUGCCGCGGCUGGUACAGCAUCGAGCGCCGCUCCCGGCGCCGGAUCUUCGUCGGCAACUGCUACGCCGUCGCCCCCGCCGCCGCCAUCCACCGGUUCCCCAACGUCCGCGUCGUCUCCAUCAAGGGCAAGCCCCACUUCGCCGACUUCAACCUCGUCCCGUCCGACUGGGGUGGCCGCGCCGACGCCUGGGUCACCGCCAUGGCGGAAGGGUGGCCGCACCUCGAGGAGCUCAGCCUCAAGCGCAUGGUCGUCACCGACGACUGCCUCGAGUUCAUUGCCAGGUCCUUCAAGAACAUUAGGGUCCUCGCGCUCUCCUUCUGCGAGGGCGUCAGCACCGCCGGCCUCGCCGCCAUCGCCGCCAAUUGCAGAAAUCUGAGGGAGCUAGACUUGCGGGAAACUGGAGUAGAGGAGAAUUGUGUGCACUGGCUCAGCCAUUUUCCUGAAUCUUUCACUUCUUUGGUAAAUUUGAGCAUUGCUAGCAUAGAAGAGGAUGUGAAUAUCUCUGUCCUUGAGCACCUUGUGAGCAGAUGCACCAACCUCAUGACCCUCAAGCUCAACUAUGCUGUGCCUCUUGAUAGGCUUGUCAACCUCCUACGCAGGGCCCCGCAGCUGGCCAGCCUAGGAACUGGCAAGUUCACAGCAGAAUACCGUCCAGAGCUCUUCUCCAAGCUGGAAUCAGCCUUUGCAAUCUGUAAAAGCAUGAAAAGCCUUUCAGGAAUAUGUGAAGCUGUUCCAGAAUAUCUCCCAGCAAUAUACCCGGUCUGCGAUGGCCUCACAUCACUGAAUUUAAGUUAUGCUCUCGUGGAUGGCCCUGCCCUCAUCAAGCUAGUCAGCCGGUGCAAGAAUGUUCAACGACUAUGGGUAAUGGAUGUCAUCGAGGAUGAUGGCCUAGCUGCUGUGGCAUCAUCUUGUAAGCUACUUCAAGAAUUGCGUGUCUUCCCUUGUGAUCCUUAUGGUGCAGAUCCUGUAUCUCUUACUGAGCAUGGCCUUGUCACUGUGUCUGCGGGAUGCCCAAUGCUCCAGUCUGUCCUCUACUUCUGCCGACAAAUGACCAAUGCUGCUCUCAUUGCUGUUGCUAGGAACAGUCCCAAUCUCACGUGCUUCCGUUUGUGCAUCAUUGAACCCCGCACACCUGAUUAUGUCACUCUAGAGCCACUUGAUGCAGGUUUUAGUGCCAUUGUGGAAUCCUGCAAGGAUCUCAGGCGUCUCUCUGUCUCGGGUCUCCUCACCGAUAAUGUGUUUAGAUCCAUUGGGGCUGCUGCAAAUCACCUCGAGAUGCUCUCAGUUGCCUUUGCUGGGGAUAGUGAUGCUGGUCUACAUUACAUUCUCUCAGGCUGCAAGAGCUUAAGGAAGCUGGAAAUCAGGGACUGCCCAUUUGGAGACAAGGCUUUGUUGGCCAAUGCUGCUAAGCUGGAGACAAUGCGAUCCCUUUGGAUGUCGUCUUGCUCUGUGAGCUUGGGAGCAUGUAGGUUGCUGGCUCGGAAGAUGCCAUGGCUUAAUGUGGAGGUUAUGGAUGAGAGGAGAGGAGGGUCGUGGGCUUCACAGCCUGAUGAUUGCCCUGUUGAGAAGCUCUAUGUUUACAGGACGGUUGCUGGGCCGAGAUCUGACACACCACCUUGUGUCUGGACGGUGCAAGGUGCUAUCGGAUAAUAUAGAGAUAAUUACGAUAAGCAGUGAUGUUUGAUCAUGCGGCUCUCCAUGAUACGAUGCCGAAGUAUUUCAGUGAAGCCUGGUUCUCCCACAAUGUUUUCCGAGUCCUUCAACAUCACCCGCAAGCCAUCAUCUGUAUGCUUGAAGUGCUCUCGUAUGGAUGGGAUGAGACUUGGAUGAUUUGUGCUACAUAAUUAGUGCAUGAUGUUUCCGAUCUAUCCAACCUUGCGUGAAUUGUUGGAUAGAUGAUUUCAAGGACUGUGGAAUGUUACAACUAGUAUUUUGUUUGCUGGCGACAUUCAUGUAUGGUAUCAGUAUGUUUUUUUUUCUUUAAUUGGUUACGAAUCCAUGCUAGAUAUUGUUCUGUGGAAA